AUCGGAGAGGAGGGGGUGUGAUUGGCUGAAGUGGCCCUGUUGCCUUGGCGACGGCAGGGGGGGUACGGAAGCGUUGCUGUGCGGCGUGAUCUCUGCGCUGCGUGGAUGGAGGAAGCAGCUGCUGAUCUUUGACACUGCGCGAGCGAAAGGCUACUGCAUGAAAGCACGGGAGUAUUUGUCGUCGGACGCGACAGUAGAAUGCACGAAUACCCUCCUGGUUUGAUGGGUCCGAUAAUCGGGAUGUCUCCAGAUAAGAAAGCCGAAUCACCUGGAGUGCAGGGCGUGUGUGGAGCAGGGACUCUCCCUGAAGCAGAGAGUGCUUCCAGUCCCAUGGCUACCAGUCUGGACCAGAUUGGUCGAGCUCGAGCGCUGAGUGUCGUAGGAGGCGAGUCUGAAGACGAUGAGCUAACCAACCUGAACUGGCUUCAUGAAAACUUGCUGCAGAACUUCACUCUCGGAGGGCCCGAGGCACAACCAAACAACAGCCCACUGUUUGACAUUGAAGGUGGUGGUGGUGGGUCACCACACAGUAACACCACCUCAUCCGUCUCAGCGGCAAGUGCAGGAAGUGAGAGAGAUCCACACAAGUCAAAGCCUCCAUUCUCUUUCUCCUUACUGAUAUACAUGGCAAUUGAGCAGUCACCCAGCAAAUCUCUCCCUGUGAAGGACAUCUAUGGCUGGAUCCUCAAGUAUUUUCCAUAUUUCUCCAGUGCCCCCACUGGCUGGAAGAACUCAGUGCGUCACAACCUCUCCCUAAACAAGUGCUUCCGCAAAGUAGAGCGAAGCAUAGGAAAGACCAAUGGGAAAGGCUCUCUGUGGUGCGUUCAUCCUGAGUUCCAGCCCAUGCUAAUGCAAGCCCUGAAGAAGCAGCACUUCCCGAAAGCACAUGCCUUCGGCACCCCUCCUGCCUCCCCUUCCAGUGCCUCAUCUCCUCCUCAUCACCUCUUCACAUCAGAGCAGGGCUGUGCCCUUAAAGAAUGUGAUUUUGAUGCUGCUACUGCCAUGAUGCUGUUAAAAUCUGCCUCUGAGCAGAACAUUGACUCAUAUGACCAAGAGGGUCCCAUAGAUCUGUCCAGAAGGGACUUGGUGGUUGUGAGUCGGGAUCCAAAGCAGGAUCACACCUACAGCAGCACCCCUGCCCCGCUCAGCCCUCACCAGAUGACUCCUUCACAGCCAGUCAACUUCAGCCUGGGUUUGCACCAUGAGCAGGAGAGAGGAGGUUGGGCCCGAUGGCAGCGCAGCCAGCCGCAGGGCCCCUUUUCAGGGAAGAGGUACAGGAGAGAUUCACGACCCGAGGUGGAUGAGGAGCUAAAGGAGGCGGCUGGCUCGCUUCUACACCUUGCUGGUAUUCGCACCAGUCUAGUCGCCUCAAGACGCAAGAGCAGGAAAAUUAGUAGGAAAUGAGACCAUCUAACCCGGCACUGAUUCUGUGACUUCAUUCUGUGGCCUACCCAACCUCUCUCUUCUGGUUUGGUGUAUCUUUCUUCUCGUUUGUCAUUGUUGAGGUGCUUUCUUUCCUUUUGUUUUUAAACUGGGAAUAUGUCCUGUCCACUCGUCAAAUAUGGCAAUAGGAGAGAAAAGCCAUACUGACAUGUUUUACUGUACAGAAAAGAACAGCCCACAUCAUCUGCGUUUAUCAGGACGAUAAGAUCGUUAAUCACUUAAAAAAAAAAAAAAAAAAAAAAAGACUGGAAAAUGUGCAUGCUUCCACCUCUAAAUCAACACAAACUCAUUUAUAGAAUGAAUGAAUGCAUGGAUUUUACAAUCUCCCAGGACGUCUCGGGGUUCUUCAUCAUAUGGGGGAAAAAAAAAGCUUAAAAAAUGAAGAGAAAUUUGAAAGUGCCAUUGAUUUUGGAUCACAAGACUUUGGUUCAUAAUAUGACAAAGAAAAACGCAAUAAUUAGUUGACCUAAAAAUCUGUAGUUAUUUUUAUUUUUGUACUGCUGGUUUAUAUCCUGUGCAGUGGUGAUGGCAUGCCCCUGGGAGCCUUUUGCUACCGCAGUUAUGAUGUCAAACUCAUGUGACUCCUCCCGUGAAUCCUGAUUGGACGUUUUGUAUUCCCAACCUGGCCACUGUAACUAUUCUGCUGUAGAAAAGCCUGGAGAACAGCUAGAAAGAAAAAGCUUUUUGUGGCAUGCACAUCCACCUCAGAGUUUUCUGCAGUGCUACUACUUAUCUGCAUAGUCAGGUGUUGUGCCAUUCCAUGCGCACUGACUUGAUUAAGGGGAUAGUUCACCCAAAAAUGAAAAUUCUGUUAUCAUUUACUCACCCACAUGUUGUUCCAAAGCUAUAUGACUUUCUUUCUUUAGAAUCACAAUUCAUUUAGAGGGAUAGUUCAACCAAAAAUUAAAAUGCUCUCAUGAUUUACUGACAUAACAGAUGUGUAUGACUUCUGCAGAACAGAAAUUAAGAUUUUUAAAAUAAUAUUUCACCUCUGUAAGUUAGUCACUCACAAUGGAAGUGAAUGGGUGCCAAACUUUUGAAGCUCAAAAAUCUGCAUAAAAGUAAUACAAAUUACUCCAGUGGUCAAAUCCAUGUGUUCAGACACAAGAUUAAAGGUGUGAGUUAGAACCAGAUCAAUGUUUAAAUAAUUUUGAUCAUAAAUUCCCCUCUCUGCCCAGUAGUGGGCGAUAUGCAAGACUGUGGAUCACCAAAAACAGAAGAAGAAAAAUUAAUGGGUGAAACUGAAGUGGAGACUGGCUGAGCAGGGAGGAGAAUUUAAAGAAAGACUUAAAUAUUGAUCCAUUUCUCACCAAAACCUAUCAUAUCAAUUCAUAAGACAUUGAUUUAACCACUGGAGUCAUCUGGAGUUCUUUUAUGUUGCACAAAAUUUUGGCACCCAUUCACUUGCAUUGCAUACAGAGCUGAGAUAUGUUUUGUGUUCAGCAGAUGAAAGUCAGUCAUACACAUCUGGGAUGGCAUGAGGGUGAGUAAAUUAUGAGAGAAUUUUCAUUUUUGGGUGAACCAUUCCCUUAAAUAAGGCUUCAAAAUUCACUAUUCCUUUUUUUUUUUUUUUUUACAUACCUUGAAAGUGAAAAGUGACUGAGGCUAACAUUCUACCAAAUGCACUCUGCUUUUGUUUUCCGUGGAAGAAAGUCAUGCAGAUUUGAAACAACAUAAGUGCAAGUAAAUGAUUACAGUAAAUGGGUGAGUACAUAAAAGGCCUAUCAAUACAAGAACCUCUUUACCUCUACUGCAAGAUAUAUGAACCCUGUUUUGUUGCCAUAAGAAUCACCUUCAUCCAAAUCAGGGCUGCGUUUCCCCAAAACUUUGUAAGCCUUAGUAGAUCAUAGAAACCAUUGGCUCCAAUGGUCUCUACAAUCAACUUAAACUUGCAAUGCUUUUGGGAAACGCAGCCCAGGCCAUUGUCUUGUUGUUCUUGGUUCAACCUGUGUGGCAAUUCUCCCCAGUAUGUUGAGCUAAGUGGUACACCACUUCCCACUGCCGCUUUUACUUCUCCAGACCUCCAGAGAGUUCCCAGGGCUUGAGAGGAAACCAGAGACAAUGAACUGCAAAAAAAAAAAAACACCUACAAGGAGAGAGAGAGAAAAAAAAACAUUCUCCUUAAAAGAUGCAGCUCGCAGAAAGUGAUCGGAACAGAACUACAGCAAGUGAAGCUGGUGUGAGUGGAAAUUAAAUCUGAGUAACUUAUCUCAAGUAUCUUAAAAGUGAUGGGAGAACCAACUGAAUUUUACACUGAAAAUAGAAGAAUGUCUGGAUGUGAACUAAAAACUGAUACUUAGAACUCUCUGGACUCCCAGCCAUGGGAGUCCCGCUCUGGGAUUUCUUCCCUUUGAGAUAGCCAAAAUUGCUGCUCACAAAACUUGUCUGGCUGCGUGUACUCUGUGAACCUGAAUCUUCAGUUUGAUUGUGUUUUUAAGUUGAGGCUACAUUAUGAUUUUAGAUACCCAAGCAUGUGAAAUUGUGAAAAAUAACUGCCAUUUUCCCUUCACACUGGUAUACUAGAACUUCCUGAGUUCUUUAAGUUGAUCACCUUAAAACUGCCUAUCCUCGUGAAGCUCUUUCCCUGUCACUUUAACCAUGCCUGCCAAUUCACAACCCCCUCCUCCCAGCUGUACAUAGUGCUAAACAAGAAUGCAAGUAUUAAUGCAGGGAGGGGGACCAAGCUGUAGUUUGAGAAAUUGAGGCCAAUUCUGAAAGCAGCUGCCUAUUAAUUAUUAUUGUUAUUAUUGUUAAGAUAUGGUCCACUAACUGAGUUGCCACUUCCCCAUCAAUUUUCUCUUGUUCGUGUGCCAUGUAUUUGUGGCAGACGGAACCUGAUUUUUGAUUUUGUAAGCUAACCGCUGUUAAUACAAUGUUUAUAAAGUUUAUUUUUGCCAAAGAUAUGCAAUUCUUGCAUUAUAUAUGGUAUUAAAGAAUAAAAGAGUUCUUUCUUUUACUGAUUUAGUGCUUGUUCUGUACUAAAUCAUCAAGAUGUGUUUUUAAUUGCAUUACCAGGGUUUUCAUUAUUUGUGCUUUUGGUGGCUUACAGCGCCAUCUGGUGGUGGACAGUGUUCAUAGUGAUAGAUAUUUACUUACAGAAAACCUGUUUUUACACUUUUUUUGACGACAUAUGUGGAAAUUAUUAAUUAUAUUUAUUUAUAAAUUAAUAUUAACAAAUGAAAAAAAAAUAUGCUGUUUAUUGUUAGUUUAUGGUACCUAAUGCUUUUCCUUAUGUUUACAAAUUGAACAUUGUUUCAAAGUGUUGCCAUGAUUUAAAGCCCAAAAUGGGUAACA